CUCUGUCACACUAACAUUUCUCUAUUCUCUUUCAAGCACACACAUUCCCUCUCUCUCAUACACAUCAAACCAUAUUUCACCGAUUAGAAUUUUUCAGCCAUCAAGAGAUAAAUCCAAACCACCAUCGUCAUUGUACAAAUCGAGCAAAACAACCUACGAUAUUCCAAGGAUCUCACUUUUUUGUUUUCCUCGACGUAUGUCAAUCAUCUCAGAGUCGUGCCAUAGUCGGAUCAUGCACAAUUCUUGAAACCCUUUGUUUUUUCUCUGCAAGUGGAAUCUAUUUUCCUUAUUUUUGUAGCCGGUUUCUCGUUGAGAAUGAUGUAAAACUGGCAUGUUUUUAUGUCUUGCUGUCGUUGUUCGGUGACAUGCACCAUGCUGGCUACGUGAGUACGGAGGUGUCUGUGUUUUUUUAUUGUGUAUGUUUGUUCACGAGUGUGUCCUUCUCAGAGGGAGAUAGAUAUAAAGGCAAUAGCGAUGACAAAGGAACUCAUGAAGGUCAACUUGCGGAAGCUCUCAGAAGCCGUCACAUGUUAUUUGUGCAAUAAAUGGUUGAGAAACGCAGCCACAAUAACAGAGUGCUGUCAUAGUUUUUGCAGGGAAUGUAUAGAAAAGAAGUUAAUAGAUGAGAAAUUAAAUCAUUGUCCCGUUUGCAAUACAGACUUGGGUUGUUCUCCACUCGACAAAUUAAGGUCAGAUACUCGUAAGCAAGAAUUGAGGGACAAAAUUUUCCCAUUUCAAGAUCAAAAUGAUGAGGAACCUGCCGCCAAAUUGUUAGCCAAAAUAAAGAAGAACUUAGUUUCUUCAUUAAAACCCAAUAGAGAAAUAUCCAAAGCUGGUUUUAGAAAAGUUCUCAUUGCCGAAGAAGCAGAUAUUUCAUCUCCCAAACUUGAUAAAGUGGAAGGUGAUAAGGAAGAUGAAAACCAGGGUGACGCUGAAUUUGGGGAAGAAGGCGCUACAAUUGGAUCCGCUAGAAGAGCGAAAGCUGCGGCAAGAAUAAAAUUCAUUUGCUCUGCACAACCUCCGGGACAAGAAAAGACAGAGGGUGAUCAGCCUCGAGUUGAAACUUCCAGCGGAACUCUCAAAAUCAGAAUUCCGAAUCUUUCAAAACCAAAUACUGGGUUAAGGAAUGAAAAGGCUGACAUGUUUGAGCCAAUAAAUAGCCAGGUGGGAGCUGGAAGAAAACGCAAGUCCCGUAGUCAUUCCACCAUGCAAGAAAAUGGUGUCACUUCAGUACUUGUGCACUCUAAUGACGAUGACCCUCAGGUUGGUAUGGUCCAAAUCGACAACCAUGGUCACAAAACUAAUGGUAACCAAAAGGGGUCAAUUCCUUCAAGCUCAGAUUCAGUAAAACCUAUUGUGAGCACCCGAGAAAAAAGACCAAAAAUCUCGGAGGACUUGAAUUUUCCAGCACCAUCUGAAACUGAUUCCGACAGUGAAAGCAGCAAAGAGUUUGGUCCAAUCUGGUUCUGCUUGGUUGCUGCAGAAGAGAAAAAAGGAAGUGCACCAUUGCCACAACUAUCUUCGUGCUACCUACGAGUCAAGGAUGGCAGUGUAACUGUUUCCUGCAUUAAAAAGUAUCUCGUGAAGAAGCUUGGUCUUGCUAGCGAAACUGAGGUGGAGAUCACAUUACAAGGGCAGCCAGUUUUAUCAUCAUUGCAACUGAACAGCUUAGUAGACAUCUGGUUGAAAACAGUUCCAAAGAAUGAGAUUCUGACAUCUUUUGGAAGUUCAGCCAAGGAUUUUAUCAUGGUUCUUUCGUAUGGUCGAAAGGCUUAACACCUCAAACUACCUCCUUGGUCUUAGAGAAUUUUUAUAAUUUAUCUGUCUAUUUAGAAGCCCCUAACUUUUUCUAUUGACCAUUUGCGGUAAAUACAUUAUACCCUUCAUUUUACAAUAGAUUUUAUUGUUUAUUGGAAUUAGAUCUUCUUUUCAUGUUAUGAUCC